AUGGAGAAUAUUCAAAUAGGGGGUAGUGAGGGAAAGCAGGCAUGUAAAAGCCAAACAAUUACACUUAUGCUUUGUCCAGACUCUAUUUUGCUUCCUAUGUCCAAUCGUGCAAAAGAGAUGCAAAAAAUUAUAGAACACAAUUCAGUAUUUUUUUCUAAUAUUCUUUCAAAUUUGUCAAAAGACAUUCGUCGAAACUUGGAAACAUUAUGGACAAUGGUUGACAGAGAUUGCAUGGACGACCUUCAAUGGUUACAAAAUGUCAAACAAAUUUUAUCUAAAUCAGCUGCAGACGAGUAUUUUUGGAAAAAAUGGUGUUGUAUUGUUGGCUGUGAUGAAGAGAAUUUUCACAAUUACUAUCUCAGAAUUCCGCAAAAUAAAAGUUGUGAAAGCUUAAUUAAUAAAAAAAAUAUUGAGACCAGAGCAUUACGUUUAACUCAGCCUACGUUUGUUAAUAAAAUAAUGCCCAAAAAUAAUUAA